UUUUCGGAUAACAUCAUAACGUCACAACGAUAACUCUAUUUUGUCAGUUUAAUACUGGAUACUUUCGGUUUCUUCGCAGGUUUUCAAAUGCUGUAGAUUGUUUUCUGCUUAAGUAGGUAAAGCCAUCCUUGGAGGCAGUUUGGAACUUCGCACAGAAUGGCAGCGGCUGUUCGCCGCGUGGUGGCUGGAUGCUGUUGAUCAACCUUGUCCUUGCCGUCUGUGCCUGUUGGCGGAGCCUACGGCGGUAUUAUUCACCCGUAGUCGGUAAUCGCCCAUCAGAUUGUGAUCGGUCUGGACUUUGACGAUCACUUUUGAUGGUCUGACGUUUGCUUAUCCAAUCAAACGGGAAACAUUUUUCGUGUGAUUUUCGGAAGCCAUACAUCGGCCUUGCAAAACAACCUUUGUUCGCAGGCUUCGAACUGGUGACUCUGGUGAGGCCUCCAUUGGAGGCCUACAUUCGGGUUUUUUGGUUCACCGAUGAAGUGGAACGGCGUUUCGAUUUCGAACACCAUACCAUUCAAGAUUUUCUCUGCUGACUACCUCACAUCUUGUGCGCAUGACGGAGAAGGAAUUUGUUUUUGCGUUUUUUCAGCGUAUUAUUUCCUGAAAGAUUUGGAAGAUCAAGCGACUUCAUCAUGUUGUCGACGAUUUUCUAUAAUCAAGCCCUGUUUUGUACCUCCCAUCCAUGGGAAGUGAUUGGAGUGAUCCUGACGCUGACGGUGUCCAUGAUAUCCGUGGCAUUGAGUGGAGAUGCUCAGCAGUCGAAAAUCUGUGGCUGGAACUACGUCUGUUCCUUGGAAAAUGAUGUUCUCAGCUCCGAUGUCAUAAUCCUUUCCAUCGCGCGCUGUCUGGCUGCGGCGUACAUUUACCUCCAGUUUCGCAAGCUCGACGCGUUAGGCUGCAAAUAUCUUUUGGGCUUGGCUGGUUUGUUGUCGGUAUUUUUUUCCAUGUCAUUCAGCGCCGCUUUCAUACACCUUUUGGGAUACGAAUUGCAAGGAUUAGCGGAUUCCUUGCCGUUCUUCCUGCUGUUGUUGGAUCUGAGUAAAGUAACCGCGCUGGCCAAAUACUCGUUGGCAAACUCAUCUCAAGAUACGGAAAUUAAGGAGACAGUAGCUAAAGGAAUCGCUAUUCUUGGACCAGCGAUGACACUGGAUAUUGUUGUGGAAGUUUUGUUAAUCGCCAUCGGGUGCCUUUCCGGAAUUCCCAUGCUGGAAGUGAUCUGCUGUUUUGGCUGUGUAUCUUUGUUGGUGCAUUAUGUCGUAUUCAUGACGUUCUUCCCGGGAGUACUGUGCCUUAUCUUGGAGUUAAAUCAGCUCCGUAGUCUACCCUUGGCAUUAAAGGCUAAAAAAGUAGACAUUGACACUCCGGUUAAUCCCAUCGCUCAAAGGGUGAAACUGGUGAUGUCGGCGGGUUUGGUCCUCGUUCACGUUUACAGCCGGAUUGUGGAUACUCCAGCGGUAUCUAACGUAUCGAGUCUGUUCCAGGAAAACCGUCGUGUUGUGCCUGUUCUGCCUUUGUGGCAGUUUUAUUUGAAAGAGUUUUUUGAAGUUACGCCGCAGAAGUUGAUCACUUUUGUUUGCGUAUUGGUGAUUUGCCUGAAAUACAUAUUUUAUGAUUCCGUGAAGAAGACAGAGAAGGUGCCUACUCCGAGCAGUUCUGGUUCCGAGAGUACCAGUCCUAUAAAAAUGAAUGGGAGCGUUAGUUUCCUUGCCGCUCCCGGCCUUCUCGAAACGCGAUGCACUAGACGAUUCACUGUCGGAAACGGUGAUGAUGACGAAUCGCUGGAAAUGGAUCUUCCUCCUAGAACGUUUGACAAACAAAUACAAACCGAUAAGGAUAUGGAAAAUGAUGCCAUGAAAAGGCCAAACGCACUCGUUCCCCCUGCUUCUCUGAACCUUAUAUUCCCCAGAAAGGGAGGGAUCGAAGAGUUGACCGACGAGGAAAUUCUUCUGUUAAUUAAAUCCAAAAAAUUACAACAGUAUAGACUUGAAGAUGAGUUUCGUGAUCUCGAGCGUGCUGUUCAUAUUCGACGGUCUCUGAUUUUACAAGAUCUGGUCAAUAAAACAUCAUUGGAGGAAUUGCCUUUUCGGAGUUACGACUAUUCACUCGUAAAAGGUACGUGCUGUGAAAAUGUGAUCGGAUAUGUUCCCGUGCCGAUUGGUGUUGCUGGACCAUUGUUGCUGGAUGGCGAGUCCCAUUGGGUCCCGUUGUCAACUACUGAAGGUUGUCUGGUAGCUUCGGCUAACCGCGGCUGCCGAGCCAUUACCAUGUCGGGUGGUGCUCGAACGCGAUUAACUCGAGACGGAAUGACCAGAGCACCGAUUGUGGAAUUUUCCAACAUCGACGAAAUGGAUGAAGCUAAAACGUGGGUAGUAGGAGAAGGAUUCGCAGCCCUGAAGAAAGCUUUCGAUACAACUUCCAGUUUCGCCCGAUUGAAAAGUAUUUUUCCAUCUGUUGUGGGAGACGAACUACAUCUGCGUUUCGAAGCUAAAACAGGGGACGCCAUGGGCAUGAAUAUGGUGUGCAAAGGCACGGAAAAAGCAUUGCGUGAGCUUCAGGAAAAGUUUCCAAAGAUGCGGAUAAUAUCGUUAAGUGGCAAUUUUUGUACGGAUAAGAAGCCUUCCGCUGUUAAUUGGAUUUUGGGGCGAGGGAAAUCAGUUGUGUGCGAGGCUAUCAUCACGGAAGAUGUACUAAAAAAUGUCCUGAAAACAUCCCUGAGUGCGCUUAUUGAACUGAAUAACAAAAAGAAUUUGGAGGGCUCUGCUUUGGCAGGGAGCAUCGGCGGAUGCAACGCUCACGCUGCAAAUAUUGUGGCUGCAGUCUUUUUGGCCACUGGGCAGGAUAUUGCGCAAGUUGUCGAGAGUUCGGCUUGUCUGACAAAACUGAAACCCGACCGUGACAAUCCAGUGAAUCUAAAAAUCUCCUGCACAAUGCCGUGCGUUGAAGUUGGUACGGUGGGCGGUGGCACGAACCUGCCAGCCCAGAUGGCAUGUCUAAAGAUGUUGAAUGUGCAAGGGCCCUCGUCAGUGGUACCUGGAGCCAACGCACAAAAGCUGGCGCGUGUGGUAUGUGGUGCUGUGUUAGCGGCGGAAUUAUCUCUGCUGUCUGCAUUAACAUCCGGUGAUUUAGUGAAGAGCCAUAUGAAACACAACAGAUCUAAAUUGAACGUGUCUCGUCCAACUCCUGUCGGGUCGCCAUUGCAUCAUCCAGUCGCUUCCUCCCCGGAGGUGCUGUGCCUACCCGGGCAUUUACUGUCCCCCUGUCAGGUCGAAAUUGCUUCGAAAGAGUGAUAAGCAGUUGCGAUUCCUGGUGAGCUGCAUAAAGAUUCUCUGUUGUAAAUGCAUUUAAUUUACUAAAUUAAAUUGGUGUGAAUUUUUAAAUGCUGUCGGUGUUUGCUCAAUGGAUUGUUUUGCUUUUGGAUUGUUGUAUUGUUUGCCCUUUUAUUUUUUAAGUGUCCGCUGUAUGAGUGUGUUUCCGGUUAGCUUCCCACUCUCAUGUGACAUAGGUAGAGUUGUGAUAGUUUUAGAGCUGUCGAUAGCGUAUACAAGUAAUUUGUCUCAAAUUGAGAACGUUUGUUGUUGUUUGUGUUUUGGUGUUAUGGAAUACAUAUUAAAAUUUAUGUACGUAACGAAAGGAUAUUACGGAAACAG